AUGCCCGCCGACCAACCGGCCAUGCUCAAAGCCCUUCACAGCGCGCUGCGAAAUAGCAAUUUCCACAAACGCUGCUUGCCGGCCUCGGAUCUAACCUCCCAGCGGCAAUACGUCAACUGGAUCGAGAAUAACACGGCCGACCCUAUGGCCCACGUCAUAAUCGCUCACGAAACCACUCCCGCGGCCCCGAUUGCCGGGUGGGCACGCUGGGUCCGGCGUCCGGCUCCGGCGCCGGCUCCGGUUCCAGGCGCCAAGCCCACGGCCUUCACCGAGACCAUGUUCCCCGCCGCCGGCGAUGCGAAACCCGCUGCGAGCUUCUUUCAAGCCAAUUUUGACGCGAUGAACAAGGCCAGGGCCAAUCAAACGUGUAGUUUCUGUCUAUGCUCAUCGUAUCAGAGGUGUCUGAGAAGCGUGGGCGGCUUUUGGAAAUACCACCCCAGAAACAAAGCCACUGCUUGA